AUCUGCCAUACAUAGCAGACCCGACCCGCGUCAGACGUGACAGCCCAGUCACGUGUUUCCCAACCUCCCGGUUCACCAGCUAAACCCGGUUCGCCAGAACCGGCCCCUGCACCGGUUUAAAUUAUUUUUGCAUCCGGUUCAGCCGGACCAACCAAAAAAAAAAAAAAUGUCAUCCUCUGCUUCCUCAGACCCUUCUCCUGUGGCUACCUCCACGCCUACAGCAGUCACCAUGGCUUCACCUCCUGUCCUUUCGGCCAAACCUGAUUUUCACCCGGCGCUUGCUGUUUCCAACAUUAGGAAUAACAUUCCUAUUAUGCUUGACAUGGAGACUGAUCGCUAUGGCACCUGGGCGGAACUCUUCCGCAUUCAUGCCCGUUCCCACCGGGUUCUGCAUCACAUUGUCCCUGCUGCAGACAAGCCUGCUCCGCCUGUCACUGACCCUACUUACGAGCAGUGGACCACUUUGGAUGCCACGGUCCUUCAGUGGAUUUAUUCCACCAUCUCUGUUGACCUGAUGACUACCAUCAUGGAGCCUGACUCCACUGCUCUCACUGCUUGGACACGCUUGGCCGAUAUUUUUCAGGAUAAUCAGAACGCUCGUGCUGUCACCUUGGAGCAGAAGUUCUCUACUGUUCGCAUGGAGGCAUUUCCGACCGUCGCUGCCUAUUGUCAGCGUCUGAAGACGCUUUCUGACCAGCUCCGUGACGUCGGUGCUCCUAUGAACAAUCACCGUCUGGUUCUGCAGCUCAUCUCCGGCCUCACUGAUGCUUACAGGGGUGUUGCCACCUUGAUCCGUCAGAGCAACCCGCUCCCCUCCUUUCAUCAAGCUCGCUCCAUGCUUACCUUGGAGGAAGCCGGUAUGGCUAAGAUGAAACCUGCUGAGCCUCCUGCUGCCUAUGUUGCUCAACAGCGUCCUUCUGAUGCCUCCUCUCAGAGCUCUGACCGUCGGUCCUCCAACCGUUAUCGAUCCCACAACUCUAAGGGUCGUGGUGGGCAUCGUAGCACUUGA